AUGAAUGCCGCAUGCAGGGUCGCGCCCGCGACGGCUGCCGCGGCUGCAGCCGGCGUCUUUGGCUACGCGCCCGACGGUGCGGCCCCUGGUCGCACCGCCGCCGUCGCGGCCGGUGGCGGCGGCAGCGCGCCCAAGGCUGCGGCCGUGCGGGACAGCUCCCAGUUCGGCGGGAAGGUUUCGCUGCAGCGCUUCGCGCGGGGCCAGGUGGAGGCGAGCGACGACUCAAGCAGCCAAAUGGACGUCCGCGUGCCCAAGGUGGUGCACUAUGCGGACAGCCAACCAGAUCAAGCCCGGCACGCGCGCGACGCAGAGCGCGCCGGCGACGCCGGCAGCAGCUUGGGCAGCCGGGACGCCUGGGUCGCGGCGGCCCAGAUCACCAGCCCCCCGUUGAUGCGGGUGCUGCAGGAUGCAGUCACCAUGAGCCGGGAGGACCUGGAGCGGCUGGAGAAGCGCGGCCGGCGGCAAGGCUGGCUGGCGCGCAUCGCCAAGCUGCUGGCCGGCCUUGCGGCGGCGGCGGCCCUGGGCGCCGCGACCGUGAUCGUCGUGCGCACGGCAUGGGACGACUGCAGCGGGGGCCGCUGCAACACGGACGACGCCCAACUCGAACCCCUGGCCCCCCGGCUGCCCAGCCUGCGGCCGCUGGGCCACAAAGACGGCGGCGCCAAGGCCCGCCGCGGCGGCCGGCGCGGCGAGGGCGGUGGCGGCGCUGGUGGCGGGGGGCUGGUGCUGCAGAUGCCUCAGAUGCCGUUUGUCCCGGUGUUCCCGGCGCCCAACCCCCUGGACAGCCGUGGCUGA